AUGGCUUCGCAACAUCCUCGACCGGCCGCUGCAAAGCGUCCCCGUCUCUCUCUUCAGACGCAAACACCAGCCGUCAACAAUGCUUCAAGACCGAGGACCUUCUCCGUCAAUCCCAGUGACCCUACGGCCUUCAACACCCUCUCCAACGCCUAUGUCACCGCCAUUGAGCGCUCUACGCCAACAACCUCCUCGCCGGCCACAGCAAUCAACACCCUCUACGGGUCCAAGCUCACCCUCAACACCAACUUUUCCAACCUCAAGUCAAAGGCCAUCACCCCCUUUGCUUCGGCCUUUCCAGAGUCUCCCCUUUCUGCUGGUGGCACCGCCUGCUCACCCGUCCGCAUGCACGCCUAUCCCAGCGUCAUGACGCCCACGCCGCCCCUCUCUGCUGGCCCUGUUGAUCCCCAUGGCCCCAAGGUCUUUGUAUACUCGCAAACCACGGAAACCAUUAUUCGCUCCCCGGUGACUGCCACAGGCACGCCUCUCCGCAGAUUUGCCCCAGCCUUCCCUGCUCCCUACGUCCGCUCUCACUCUCUUCGCAGCAUUCUGCGCAACUCCCCACUGCCUCCCCGCUCUGCCUUGACGCCCAUGUCCCCGGGUCGCCGGUCUCAGAGACUCCUAGAGAGAGCAGCCAGACGAGUUGGCUACAACAGCCCUAUUGAGCAGGAAAUCACCACAAACAAGUAUACCCGGUCUCACAUUGAUCUGCUCCUUGAAGAAGCCUCCCCGUCUCCUCUGUCGCCAUUUAGCCAGCCCAUGGCCGUGGACAUUGCUCGUGCCUUUACUGGCCACGAGAUUGAAGACGGCGGCCAAACCCCUGGCCCCAUGGAGGACGCAGCUCGCCGCUUGUCCAAGUUGACAGCCGCCAGCCCCAUUAACGGCGGCAUCCGCAAGAAGCGCAGAAGAGAAAAGAAGCGCCACUGGGCCUGGACAAUCGGAAAGGACUGUGAAGAGGGCGAGGAUGAGGAAGUCGGCGGCGCUAUUGCUGCCCUACGGGCCCAAGCUGCUGCGGCUGCUGCCGCAUCUGCCGCCGGAACCUGCCACGCUUCGUCUGCGUCUGCUACCACCAUGCAGACGCCAGAUCCGAGCGUCACCAGUGGAGACUCGAGCAGCGAGUCGGAGGACGUGGACAUGUCGGAUGGCGAUAGCGUUGCUUCUUCCUCCACCACAGUCGAGUCCGGGCCUGGGACUCGAUAUCUCACGCCGGGCGACGCAGAGAUGGACAUGAAGACACCCACUGGACCUGCAUCACACCUACUAGCCACCGCCGAGCCAAAGAGGGAUACGCCAAUCCCUGAGAUGGCUGCUGCUAUGCAAGUCUCAUGA